AAGGUGAAGGUCAAGAUGGCGGAGACGGAUCCAAGUUUUGGGAGUCGCAAAAAUUUCGAUCCAACUUUGAGGUCUCUGCAAGAUAUGUACCGCGAUAUUGGUAAUCAGCUAGCUUAUAGAGACCUUAUCUCAAUGAAAAUAUUUUACUUUGGCAGUUUACGCCAGGGUGCGCAUAUAAACGAUGGAUACUCUAUGAUGAUGGAACUGGAGAGGGCAGGAAGGAUAGACGAGUCAGAUUUCAGCGAAUUAAAAGAAUAUUUGCGCAAGUGCAGAAGACAUGACUUGCUACCUUACGUUACCUUACGAAAGAGAAAGAAAGUGAGUCCAGAUCCUGUGGACCAGUAUCUGGAAGAAAGUAAGGCACAAAAGCCCUCAGAUAACCUUAUAGAUUGUUCUAGUCAACCUGGCUGCAGCCACUGGCCCAGAAAUAGUGUGAAACAGUCACAGUACACUGGAAACACUGCCAGUGAUAGACUUUCCUCUUCAGCUCAAAAUGAUACUGUCACAGCCCAAGGUUUGAGUACAUGUAGUAGUCACAGUAGUAAAAGGAAGGUCAAGUGUCUGUUAUCAGUGCCUGCUAAGAGACAUUGCAGGGGACGGCCCCCCAGGAAGAGAACCAUAGGCACUGAGACCAGGGAGGGGUACCAGGAGGAUAUCAAGAAAAAAGUGACAUGUGAUAUCAGAUUGCGUGUGCGGGCAGAGUACUGUCAACAUGAGACUGCAUUGCAGGGCAAUGUCCACUCCAACAAACCAGAGCUCAUUGAGAGACAGUUUGAGAAAUUUUCACAAGCAAACACUAUACUUAAGUCACGGGACCUGGGGUCUAUAAUAUGUGAUAUCAAGUUCUCAGAGUUGACCUAUUUGGAUGCAUUCUGGAGAGACUAUAUCAAUGGAUCACUCCUGGAGGCCUUAAAAGGUGUAUUUUUAACAGAAUCAUUGAAGCAAGCAGUGGGCAAUGAGGCUAUCAAGUUGCUUGUGAGUGUUGAUGAAGACGACUAUGAGGCUGGAAGACUCAAAUUGCUACAAAACCUCAAAGAAUGAAAACGUUUUAAAAUCACUUUUAAAGCAAAGGUUGUCCAGAAAUGGACAGAAAUGUUAAUUGUUGUCUUAUGAAGUACAUUCAUGUUUAAUUUAAAAAUUGUAAAAUCUUCCAGUGUGAACACCAUAGACCAUACUGAUGCAAAGACUAAAGAUAUCAGAUGUUAUCUUUUGAAUUAUAGUCAUGACAGCUUCAUAUUAUUUAUUAUAAAAACCUCAUUAUAAUAGAUAUGAGUUUAUGAUUUCUGAAUGUUGUGUAUAAAGAAACAGAAUUGGGAAGACCAAGAAGCAGCAGAAUCGAAAAGUUAACACUUGUAUGAUGAUGGUAUAUUAUUUUUAGCUCACCAGGGCAAAGUCAAGGGGAGCUUCUGUCAUACCCUCUGCGUCAUUGUUGGCAUGUAUUUACUAUGGGGAUAUUAAUGUUUUUUAUUAUCUAUGGAAAACAUUUCCAGUUACAAGGUCAGUUCUCUUUCAGUUUGGCUGCAAUUAUUUUUUCUUUUUGAACCAUUCUUUAUAAUGUCAUGCCACGGGCAGCAAAGUGUUUUUCGGGGCGUUUGUGAUUAAAUAUUUGUGCAUGUUUCACAUAAAGGGACAAAUAAAAUUCCCAAAUAGAAUCAAUGCUUGCCUGAACUUUAUGAAAGGGAAAAUUGCUAUGAGCCUUUUUUCUUGGAGGAGGGGUUGUGCUUUAUAUUAAAUUUUGAUAGUUUUUCAUAUCCACUGUUGAAGAAUAACCAUUGAUAAUCUUCUCAAACAUGUUGAAUGCAAAGACUCGAACAACCUUUUAAAUUUUACCCUCUCUGGUGAGCUAUACUGUGAUCUGACAAUUCGUGUUUAAACAGUUGCUGUUUUAAUAUCUGAAAAGAUUCCCACUACCAUUUUGGAUCAUGAAUUCUUAUUGCAUGAAUAACCAAUCAAGUACUAUUUGAGAGUGUACCAUUCAUGCUGUAUUUUCUGGUAAAAUAUGCCUCUCAUUUUACCCUGAAAUGUAGCAUUAUAUCACUUUUUUUUUUAGUGUAUCAGUCAUUUUGUUUAUUCAAAUUAAAUAAAGUCAGUUUGAAUAGUUGAA